AUGGGCAUCGCGACCCUUCCGACGGUGGUGGCCGUCGGAGGCGCCUUUGUGGCCUACGCGACGUAUUCGGCCAUCGUGAGUCUACGGACCAACAUCGAAGCCGCCAAGAGGAGUGGCUUGCCUUACAUCAUAUCCCCCCUCUCGCCGAUAUGGCUGCCGGCGCAAAUCACUCACAAACUCUGGAUGCCCAUCGUCCGAACCUGUUUCCCCAAAUCAUGGUGGGAAAACUGGAUAAUCUUCCUAACCCAAGACUGGUCCUACAUCCACAACCACGCCAUCUUCGCCCUCUACGGCCCAGCCUUCUUCGUUGUAUCCCCCUACUCCACCAUGCUCCUCACCUCCUCCGCCGAACUCAUCCGCCAAAUCACCCACCGCCGCGAACAUUUCCCCAAAUUCGUCGAAACCUACGAGAUCCUCACCCAAUUCGGCGACAACACGCUUACGACAGAGGGUGCGCUGUGGCGAGUGCACCGGCGCGCGACGGCGGCGAGCUUCAAUGAGCGGAACGCGGCGUUGGUGUUUGCCGUUGCUAUUGAGCAGACGCAGGGGUUGGUGGAGAAGUGGAUGGCGGAUCAGGCGGGUGAAAGGGAAUCGAGGCCUGUGGAGACGAUUGAUAGUGAUACGAUGAGGUUGGCGUUGAAUAUCAUUGGCUAUGUGGGCUUCGGGUUGAGGUUGUUGUGGCCGGGCCAGAGGUUGCCGGAGGGGGUGGAUGGGGAGAGGUUGGAGAAGUAUUCGGGGUUGGAGCCCGUUGGGAGGCAUAGCAUGAGUUUUGUGGAGACGAUUGCGGUUGUUUUGGAGAGGAUUUUGUUGCUGCUUGUUGUGCCCGAGGGGAUUUUGAGAUAUCUCCCAUUCAAACAGGCCAAGGAAGCCGCCGAAGCCUACCAGAACUACGUUCAAUACAUGGAGGAACUCCUCGAGGAGAAGCUCCAAGACAUGCGCAAAGGCUCCUCCGACACCGAAGAACCGGGCAUGGACAUCAUGGGCCAACUCGUGCGAUCAACCUACGGCGACGAUGUCAAGAAAAUAUCACCCAUAAACGGGACAAACGGCACGAUGCUACUUAACGGCAACAAACCGAACGACGUCGAAAAGACCGGCAAACUAAACAAAUCCGACAUCCUCGGCAACGCCUUCAUCAUGCUCGUAGCAGGCCACGAAACCACCGCCAACGCCCUGCACUUCACCUUUAUCGAACUAGCGACGAACCCCUCCGCACAGCGCGCCCUACAGCGCGACGUCGACGCUCUGCUGGGUCGUGACACGGAUCCGCGGACGUGGAGUUACGAAGCGAGCGUGGGACCCUUGCUGGCGAGCAUGGUGGGCGCGUGCAUGAAUGAGACGCUGAGGAAGUGGCCCUCUGUAGUGGAGGUGCCGAAGAAGGUGGCGGGCGGCGGGGACCAGGUUGUUAGUUUGGAUGGGAGGAGCGUGGUGUUACCGGAGGGGGCGGCGAUUAGUCUCGUGGCUGUGGCGGCGCAUCGGAAUCCGAGGUAUUGGCCUACGAGGAGGAGUAGAGUUACGGGAAAGGAGACGGAUUUGGAUGAUUAUGUUCCGGAGAGGUGGUUUCGGAAGUGUGCGGGCGGUGAGGAGGAAGAAAAAGAAGGGAAACUGGAAACAUCGACGACACCAUCCAGUGCUACUACGGAAUCCUACGAAGAAGGAGAGAACGAAGAGGACUUUGGGGGCUACAAAGGUCCCGAUACGAGCGGAGAACUCUUCAGGCCCGAACGAGGCGCAUACAUCCCAUUUUCCGACGGCGCGAGGUCUUGUCUCGGGAGACGCAUCGCGCAGGUGGAGAUCGUGGCGGCUCUGGCGGUCAUUUUCCAGAAGUACAGUCUCGAGCUGGCCGUGGACGAUUUCGUGGAAAAGAUGAGCGACGUUGAGGAGAUGGGAAGGGAGGAGAGGGAGAGGGUGUAUAGGCUUGCGCAGGAGCGGUGUAGGAAGAGGAUGAGCGAGGCGACGAGUGUUUUGACGUUGAAGAUGCAGCCGGGGGAGGAUGUGCCUGUGAGGCUGGUGAGGAGGGGUGAGGAGAAGUUUGUUAGUUGGAUUGAGUGA